GCGAGACUCAGUGGCCUCAUGGAUUCCCCACUGGCAGUCUCGCAGAUCUCGCUGUCGCAGUCCAACAUCUCCAGCUACAGUCAGGGCAGUCGCAGCAAUGGCAGCAGGAUGUUCGACGUGGAAUCUUCCUCCUCGACAUCGGCGUCCAAGGACUUUUUGUAUCAGCGACAACUAACACCCAACGCAGUUCCACUGCUAGUACGAUUACAACGCCAUCGGAUACUAUGGACAACACUACUAGGCGUCGCGGUGAUCGUGGUGAUAAUGUAUUUCCUUCAGGAAGGGAUCGUACUCAAGUCAAUCCCAGUGUCGAGCAGCGGGACGGAGGAUAUUGACGCGUAUAAUUUCUACGUUGGCUUAAUCACGUCGCUGGUGGUUAAACCUUUAAUGGGAUUAGUCUCUGCAAUAGUACCGGCAGUUUUACUGUGCUUCUUGACGCAAGUGGCGAUGCAGGAGACGAGCUCACGAUGGUCUCGAUUGGGUCUGGCCUUACUGGGAAAUGUGGUGCUUUACUGCUUACUUAACGGGUUUAUGGCGGUCUACGUGAGUGAGAAAACUGUACGAAUGGAUGCAGUUAUCGGAGAUAGCGACUUGGCGGAAUACGAGAGCACACCGAUCGUUAUGUCGGACAGAGCAUCUAGCGCUGAUACAAUUAUUCGCAGUGCCAUGCUAAUGGCCGAUGCAACAGCGGAAAAUGCAGCAGGGCAGUGCAGUCGACCGUCGCCAAGAAGACUUCCAGCUCAGCUGAACUACGGCUACCCAUCUCGUCAAUGGCUAAGCGAAAUGCUCCCGUAUGCUCCAGAAACGACAGAUGCCAACACGUUAAUUGUGUCACUGAAUGAUGACGUCAAAUCGACUGAUAUAGUGACAAUGCCGAUGGAACCGACGGCUGCCCGGAACCUCGUCGGCUAUGCUCUGCGCGCUACGGACGAUUUUUAUCGUGAGCAAGACGUACAAGCGAACGCUAGUGCGUUUGAGCUGUUAGAUUUACCUGAGAAUUUCGACUCGGCGUCAUCUGAAGACGCAAGAAUGACGCACGCCCUCGUGAAAGCUACAAACGCCACUUUGAAUCGUGCAGUGAAAACACGUUCUCAUUUGAGAAACUUCAGUAUUGCUGAGAGCAGCUUGGAAUUCGUGAAGUUCCCAUGGACAACAGACAGCGGAGAGCUGGUAUUCGAGGGAGUAACGUUUGAGAUUCCUAUGGACAAAGGAUAUUUGCGUCGAGAAGUGAAGCUUCUUAACGACACGACUCAGUCUGUCGUGUAUGGCUCUCAGGCACUUGAUGGGUCAUUUGAAAUCAACGCAAAGGAGGAGUGUGGACGGUAUGGAUGUGUUGUUAGCCCCGUCGGAGCAGCGUUGACCACCGCCCCAGCUGACGAAGGCAGCCAAGUCCGUGCUUUACCUCUGUGUCUUGAUGCUGAUGGGAACGAAGACUUUAAAAGUACGAUGAACGUUGAUGGAAGCGACUGUGGACGCCGGUCUACCAAUUCUAUGCUGGUUUUGAGCUUUGCGAAGCGAAUCGUCGGCCAAGCUAUUAGCUCUUCGUUUGUGAAUGACACAAACAGCGAUGCGCUAGUUGUGAUGCUCACGAACGCGAGAAAAAUUUACCAAGUUACAGCCGGUCGACUGUCGUGGGAAACUGCAGACCUGGCUUCCAAGUAUGGUGCGUCGUGUGAGGCAAGUGACUGCAGCGGCGUCGCCUUCCCUCUCUCCGACGAGUCAAGAGGAGUCAUCGUUGGAAGUGAUUAUGUGCCUGUCAGCAACUUGACAGCGUACACCCCCUCAUUACUAUUAUGGACACCUCUCGUGACUUCAAAUGUGCAGGAGGUGGACAUGAGCGACAUCCUCAAGAGCGAUUUUGUAUUCCCUAAAAAUUUUGUUGACACUACCGGCUGGACCCCAGUCGAUGGCUCUCGAUGUGAACGCGAACGUGGAGUAUUCAUGGAUCGUGUACAGAGCUCGCACUUGUAUUCCGAGCGAUCUCUACAGCCAGCCUACCAGUCUGCUCUGUUUUGGUUAUUCCAGCAUGGUGUGGUGAAGCACAAACUUAGCAAGACGGCGCUAGCGUUUGACAGUAGUGUAAACUAUGUGGAUAUUACGCUGUCAGUGCCUCAACUCUCGGCCAUGCUCACGCUAGUGGGGUGUGCGUCGCUAGUCAUCAUGGCGGUGUUGAUUUUCUUUGGAGGCAAAAGCCGUGAAGCUGACAUCGAGAGGAACUUCAAACCACACCACUUGGCUCGAAUACUGCUGGACGAUGACGCAUUUUCACACAGACUGCUCAAGUGUGAUCUACUCAACGUCGGCAACAAGUAUUUGAACAGCUCCGAGCUGCUGGAUCAGUUCGAGAUCAGCGGACUGGCGUUGCGGCAUCGCAAACGUCCGUCUGAUGUGCUAAUUGUGCCUAACGGCCACCAAUCAAGCACACAAUCGGCAGCAUCAAGCCAGGCAGCCAAUAUCGUGUAA